CAUUGUAAUGUUAGCCAGAGAUAAAGCUAACAAACGCAGCUCUUGUGAAUCAACAAUCAUAGUACUGGUUUACUGAUAAAGAUCUGAUUUUCAGUAUCCAUAACGCAUAGCAAAUGAAGUGCGCACGAUAAGCAGAUAUGCCAAUCCUUCUCUAUCCCUGUAACUGUUUCUCUCUCCUUAACUCAUCCCUACCACUCUCUAACUUCACUACUGCUCACAGCACCAUCAAUUAUGGAUCUUUUAUUGGUUCCCCCAAACGCCCCUUGUCAAAAAACCCAGUUGGUUAUCCCAAAACCCUAACCCUUUCUUCAAAUUCUUCAAUUUGGAGAAGAACCCAUGUCCCCUUUUGCUCUCCAAACGACGUUUUAGAUGAAUUUACGAGCACCCAUUUGCCCGAAAAGGCCGAAAAUGAGGGAAUUCAAGAGAACGAAGGGCUUGAAUUGAUGGGUAAGCCAUCUCCAAUGCCGACGAACAAUGGGUCUGUCACAGAAGUUAAUGUAAAGCCUCAAACACCUGAUGAGGAAGAGGUAUUGAGGCCUUUCUUAAAGUUUUUCAAGCCUAGGGAUUCGUUAGGACAAGUGAGUGAUUCAGAAGAGACUAUUAAUGAGGAGUGUUCAAAUGGGGAAGAGACUAAGAAGGUUUUGGUUGAGUAUUAUGAGCCAAAACCAGGUGAUUUCGUUGUGGGUGUUGUUGUUUCAGGGAAUGAGAACAAGCUUGAUGUGAAUGUUGGGGCAGAUUUUUUGGGUACAAUGUUGACCAAGGAAGUGUUGCCUUUGUAUGAAAAAGAGAUAGAUUACUUGUUGUGUGAUAUGGAGAGGGAUGCUGAGGAGUUUAUGGUUCGUGGGAAGAUGGGAAUUGUGAGGAAUGAUGAUGCAGUGAAUGGGGAACCGGAGCCGGGGAGGCCUGUUGUGGAGCCUGGCACUGUUCUGUUUGCUGAGGUUCUCGGAAGAACGCUCAGCGGGAGGCCACUGCUCUCGACUAGAAGGUUUUUCAGGCGGGUUGCCUGGCAUCGAGUGAGGCAGAUUAAGCAGCUCAAUGAACCUAUUGAGGUAAAAAUUACAGAGUGGAAUACUGGUGGUCUCCUAACAAGAAUUGAGGGCUUACGAGCUUUUCUUCCUAAAGCUGAGUUGAUGAAAAGAGUUAACAACUUCACUGAUUUGAAAGAGAAUGUGGGCCGCCAACUGUAUGUGCAGAUUAGUAGAAUAAAUGAAGCUACUAAUGACUUAAUACUUAGCGAGAAGGAAGCUUGGGAAAUGUUACACCUUCAAGAGGGAACACUUCUUGAAGGAACAGUUUGGAAAAUUUUUCCAUAUGGUGCACAAAUAAGGAUAGGCGAAACAAAUAGAAGUGGGUUGCUGCAUAUCUCAAAAAUCACGCGAGCUCGAGUUACUUCAGUCAGUGACCUGCUAGCAGUUGAUGAGAAAGUUCAAGUUCUGGUUGUGAAAUCAAUGUUUCCAGACAAAAUAGCUUUCAGUAUUGCUGACCUUGAAAGUGAGCCUGGCCUAUUUGUAUCAAAUAAAGAGAAAGUAUUCUCCGAGGCUGAAGCAAUGGCGAAAAAGUACAGGCAAAAGUUACCAGCCAUCUCAGCAACUCGUAAGGUAGAACCCCUUUCAACCAAUGCCCUACCAUUUGACGAUGAAGCAAAUUUAUUUUCGAAUUGGAAAUGGUUCAUAUUUGAAAGGGAUAAUGAACUAAAAUGAUCCAUUGAGAUUGCUUCACGACUGUGAACUUGGAAAAAGGGAGGACUCGUGCCAUUUUCAGUUUCCUGUACUCCCUCCCAGAUGCCACACACAGAAAGAAAGAAACAUCUCGACUUGUGGGUGUUAUUCACAUCCAUUUAAUCAAAAAAUCGAAGUCAUAGUGGCAUGUAAUGCAUCAUCUCAUUUCUGAUCACGAGCCAUUUGAACUUACAACGGAAUCAUAGCAUCUGGUGUCCACAGCCUAAAUGUGAUGUUCCCUUGUGCCAUUGUUCUGCUUAAUGUGUACUAGUAGAAAUCAUGUAUUCUUUGAUAUAUAUUUGCCAAUUUAAUUAUGCCUUUAGCUCA